ACAUCACACCACCUUCAACAAGUUGAAUCAAACAGUGAAAGUAAAACAUUGUGCAAUUAAUCAUCAACUCAAGUAGCCGGUGCAUAAGAUCAAUGGCGUCAAGACAGCAAUUCAAGGAAGACAGAGCCGAGGCAGCUGCAAAACUCGCAGCGAAAGACAUCGGCGACAUCAACAGAACAAACGAGCGCGACGAGGGGUACGACUUGCACGACGAAGCCAACUUCAAGCAAGCACGAGCUGAAGCAGCUGCAAAGCUGGCGGCCAAGGAUCUGGAGGACGCUAACAGAUUAAGAGACAACACUUUCAACACAUGGAAAGAGCAACAUCAGCAUGAUGAGAACAAACCCGGUGUGAUAGGGUCCAUGUUUAGAGCCGCCAAGGAAGCCGUGGUUGGGAAGCCUCACCACGAGGAAGUUUAUGCAAAGGAAACAAAGAUGGGUGAAUAUUCAGAUUAUGCGACUCAGAAGGCGAGGGAAACGAAGCAGAAGGCUGGGGAGUAUACAGACUAUGCGGCUCAGAAAGCAAAAGAAACCAAAGACUAUGCUGCUGAGAAGGCUAAGAAUGCUAAAGAUACCACUGUGCAGAAAGCUGGAGAGUACAAGGAUUAUACCGCUGAGAAGGCUAAGAAUGCUAAAGAUACCACUGUACAGAAAGCUGGAGAAUACAAGGAUUAUACCGCUGAGAAGGCAAUUGAAGGGAAGGACAGUGCAGUGGGGAAGCUUGGGGAGCUAAAGGAAUCUGCUGCUGAUGCUGCUAAAAGGGCUAUGGGUUUCUUCACCGGUGGCAACAAAGACCAAACUAGAGAGGAGGAGGAGGAAACGAGGCGGAGUAUGCAGGAGGUGAGGGUGCAAGAUAAGGAGUAUGGAACGGGACGUGGUACUGGAGAGAAGUUGGUGAUAAAAAUGGAAGAGUCGCGGCCAGGAGCGGUGGCGGAUGCGCUCAAAGCAGCGAAUAGGGCCAUGGACGGCGAUAUGGAGGAGGAAGGCGUGCUUCAUGUGGAGCGUCGUAGGGAGAAAAUGUGAUUCUCCUUCUCAUCCAUCAUCAUCAUCAUCAUCAUAAUAAUAAUCACAUCUUGUGUUUUGUAAUAAUAAUGUAGGGUUACCUUUUUACUUAGUGGAUCCUCUUUAGCUUUCAUCCUCCUAAACCUCUUCUUGUCUUUCUUUCAUGCCAUUUUAAUGUACGUGUUACUUUUUAAUUUUUAGAAUGUAUUAUGAAAACCGGUUUUGGUUCUCCCUCCCUCCCUGUACAACCUCGAGGCCGAACGGAAAUCACGACCAAUUUAAGCUAUUUUUU